CCCAGUUGAAACUCUGAGUAAAUAUAGCUGUAGCUAGAGUUUAAUGUGCCUGUCUAGCUCUCUUUCAUCUGUUCCACCUGUUCAUGCUAGACUGCUGUGUAUUUUGCCAGUGUGUCAAGAAGAUACUGAUACUGUACUAUACAUCCUCUAUGCGCGGAUAAUACGUCGGCUAUUGAAGAGACGGGAUCAAAACCCGACGCGGAGAAAAGUCCGGGCUGACCCCACGCCGGGUACCGCUUCAGUUCCCAAUCCCCUCAUCUCUCCACCUGAGUCAAAUUAAAGCAUGAGUGCUCCUCCCCUCCUCCCAUUCCAGUCUAGAGACACUCUCACGUUCCUCACACAAGUCUCUGACUGAGCUCACCAUGGCUACCCCUACAACCACCACAGCGCUCGUCCUCCACGGCGCCAAAGACCUUCGUCUAGUAAGUGCUACCAACUACAUCCAACCCCGCAUUUCCC